AGCACAACACUAACAAUGAGUUCAUCGGCUCACGUGGCAUCUAUCUAACCGUUGAUUCCAACUAACUCAAUUUCAAUUAUUUUUUCUCACUUCCUCUGCCUAUUAACUUCUCUCCGUACUCCGUAGUGAACUCUUUGCUCUUCUCCGUCGCCGUCCGGCAUAUCUCGCUGCUCUCAGUUCCGGUAUGGCGGUGCUGGAUUCGUUCGUCGAAGUUCAUCCGGACUCUCAUUUCCCCAUCCAGAACCUCCCCUUCGGCGUCUUCAAGCACCGGCCGAGUUCACUGCCCCGACCGGCGGUCGCCAUCGGAGACUACGUAUUGGACCUCGCGGAAAUCGCUCUCGCCGGCCUCUUCGACGGUCCUCUCCUCAGUUCCUCCGAUUGCUUCCUUCAGCCUAACUUGAACCAGUUCUUAUCCUUGGGAAGGCCUGCCUGGAAGGAAGCUCGGUUUACGCUUCAGAAGCUAUUAUCAUCUACAGAACCCAAGUUGAGAGACAAUGCCAGUUUGAGGGAGAAGUCACUCCUGCCAAUGAAUGAGGUGGAAAUGCUUAUGCCGAUUGUGAUAGGGGAUUACUCGGAUUUCUUCUCCUCGAUGCAUCAUGCGAAGAAUUGUGGAACCAUAUUUCGUGGACCUGAGAAUCCAAUCAAUCUGAACUGGUUCCACCUUCCGAUUGCAUACCAUGGUCGAGCUUCGUCUAUUGUUAUCUCGGGAACAGAUGUCAUUCGGCCUAGAGGUCAGGGUCCACCAACUGGAAGUUCCCCACCAUAUUUUGGACCUUCACGGAAGCUCGAUUUCGAACUAGAAAUGGCUGCUGUCGUAGGUACUGGAAAUGAGCUAUGGAAGCCAGUGGAUGUCGAUGAAGCAGGAGAUCAUAUAUUCGGUCUCGUAUUGAUGAAUGAUUGGAGUGCUAGAGACAUUCAAGCAUGGGAGUAUGUACCUCUCGGACCUUUCCUUGGGAAGAGCUUCUGUACCACACUAUCCCCGUGGAUUGUAACACUUGAUGCCCUAGAGCCUUUUACUUGUGAUGCCCCUAAACAGGAUCCUCCUCCUCUUCCCUAUCUGGCUGAAAAGACAUCCAAAAACUACAACAUUUCCUUAGAGGUACAAAUUAAACCUGCAGGAGUUGAGGAGUCAGCUGUGGUCACAAGAACAAACUUCAACCAUUUAUACUGGACCGUGACUCAGCAGCUAGCUCACCAUACAAUAAAUGGCUGCAACUUACGACCAGGCGACCUACUCGGAACAGGAACAAUCAGUGGCCCGGAUCCAGAGUCCUACGGGUGCUUACUAGAACUGACAUGGAACGGACAGAAACCAUUGUCACUAAACAGCAACACGACGCGAAAGUUCCUCGAAGAUGGGGACGAAGUCACGAUAACCGGCUGCUGCAAGGGAGAUGGAUACAACGUUGGAUUCGGGACAUGUACCGGGAAAAUUCUCCCGUCGAACUCAACUUGAAGGCUGUAAGCGCUGGUGAAAUUCAUCCUCAGUGCGAGAGAUAGCUUCAGCAUCUUUCUUCUGCGAGUAUCAAUAUCGAUUGCCAAAUAAGAGUUUCGUCCUGUUGUCUAGUGUCACUAUUGUAUUGUAGUAAAGAAUAGGAGUGAAACUGUGCCGUUUCACUCUUUGUUCACAUGAUUUCUCGUCAUGGAGGAUAACGGUUCUUGUCGGUGGCGGAACGGUAUAAUUUCUCAGUGGGUGUAUGAGGUCAGCCCGCAAGGGUAACGGUGAAAUCGGUCAGAGGAACGAGUGGAUAAUUACUGAAACGGUCAUUCAAUUUUGGGUAGUUGAUUAAUUGGUCCA